CUUACAUACACAAAAUUAUAAUUCAUACGAUUCAAACUAAUUGGUAUGGAAAAAAAACUAAAGGAUUUAUGGAAUGUUGUUAAUGUUUCUGAGUACCAGUUUCAUGUUACGAUUUCUACUAUUGAUUCAACUACUGAAUCAGAAGAUACAGAUGAAAGAAUAGUUUAUAUGGAAGAUUUAGAAAAAAGAAAACAGGCAUAUGGAAUAUGUGGAGAAUGUAAUGAACCUGGUACAGGAGAAACCUGGUGUCAACCUUGUAAUGCUAAGAGAUUUGAGGAUAACUUUAAAAAUUGGACUAGUGGAAAUAAAGUUAUUGAUGAAUUUAUACAACAAUCACAACUUAAUGCUGUAUAUUAUAAAAAAUAUCUUGAAUGGAUACCUUUUGAAAAAUUUCAAGAUAUUACUUAUAUUGCAGAAGGUGGUUUUGGUAAAGUAUACUCAGCUGAAUGGUCUGAUGGACAUAUUAAAUAUUGGGAUAUUGAAAAUCAAAAAUGGCAUAGAAGCAAACAUAAACAUAGAAGAUAUGCAUUAAAAAGUUUAAAUAAUUCUUCUGAUAUAAGCUUAGGUUUUAUAAACGAGAUUAAAUCUCAUCUUCAGAUUCAUCUUCUUGAUGUUGUUCAAUGCUAUGGAAUUACUCAAGAUCCAAAUACUAAUGAAUAUAUGAUGGUUUUAUAUUAUUGUGAUAAUGGAAAUUUGAGAGAUUAUUUGAAUAAAUCUGAAAAAUAUAUAGAUUAUGGAACAAAAUUUGAAAAAUUACAACGAAUUGCAAGUGGACUUUUAGAUAUUCAUAUUUCCAGGAAAGUUCAUAAAGAUUUUCAUUCGGGUAAUAUAUUAUUUACAAACUUUCCGUAUAUAAGUGAUUUAGGAAUGUGCCAACCAGUAAAUAAGCAAACUGUUAAAGAAGAAGGAAUUUAUGGAGUAUUACCAUAUAUUGCACCAGAAGUUUUACGAGGACAUCGAUAUACAAAAGCAGCAGAUAUUUACUCAUUUGGAAUAAUAAUGAAUGAGUUUCUUUCUGAAGAAAUUCCUUAUAAUGAUAUUCCACAUGAUGGAUUUUUAGCUAUUAAAAUAUGUAAAGGACAGAGACCAAAAAUUUCUAAAGAUAUACCAAAAUUACUUGCAGAUUUGAUAAUGAAAUGCUGGGACGCAGAAAUAGAAAGCAGACCAACUGCCAAAGAAUUGUAUCAGAAAUUAACAAAAUGGAAUAAAUUAAAAUAUUAUAGGAAUACUGAAAUUGGUUCUCAAGUAAGAGAAUGUGAUAAAAUUGGGAAAAAAAAGUUUGAAAGCAGAUCAAGUAAAGAUAAAUCCAAAAAUAUUCAAACACAUCCACAAGCUAUUUAUACUAGUAGGCUUUUUAAUUUUAAAAAUCUUCCAAAACCAGUAAAUUCUUCAGAUUUAUCAUCUUUUCAAUUUAAUUCAGUAUAUACCAAUUAUGCUAUUCAACCAAUAUUAGCGAAUCCAAUUUCAGAAUGCUUAGAUGUUCAACUAAGUGAAUUAGAACUAAACGAAAUCUGUCAAGAUGGCGAAAAUAGUGUUGAAUGAAAUUUUUCGUUGAAAUCUAUGAUUUAGGUAGCUGAAGAAUAUGUUGAACAGUUGAAGUUAACCUUACUUUUAUUUCUAUUUUAUAUUUUAUACCUUUGUUUACUUUUUUUUUACAUUUAUGCAAUAUAUAUAUACGUAUCU